CCACCUCCGCGCACUGCGCUUUCGCGGCCGCGAUCCUUCGAACCCGACGCGCAGCGCCACCGCAGAGGAGAGAGAAACAGAGACGGCUUGCCUCGCCCCCGUGACGCGAGUCCAGCUCCGCCUCCGCGGAAGACGACGCAACCGACACCGACGCGGUCGCUUGGCGCCUCCUCCUCCUCCUCCUCGCGCGAUGGCUUCGGGCGCCGACGCGGCGGCGGCGGGGGCCGCGGCGAUCGGGAUCUCCGGCGGCGAUGGCGAGUGGGCGGAGGCGUGCCUCCCGCUGCGGCGGAACCUGCAGCGGCUCGCUCCCGACGAGAUUGAACUUGCAAAAAUGCUAUUGAAUGAAGGCCAGAUGCACCUGUUUGAACACUGGCCAGAACCAGGUGUUGACGAUGACAAGAAAAGAGGCUUCUUUGAUCAGGUUCGUCGACUUAAUUCAAACUAUCCUGGAGGACUGGUUUCGUACAUCCAGAAUGCGAGAAAACUACUAGCCGAUUCAAAGGCAGGCAAAAAUCCAUAUGAUGGUUUCACUCCUUCUGUUCCUUCUGGGGAGGUAUUGACUUUUGGCGAUGACAAUUUUCUUUCACUGGAAGCUGCUGGGGUAAAAGAAGCAUGCAAUGCUGCAUUUGUUCUUGUUGCUGGCGGGCUUGGUGAAAGACUUGGUUACAAAGGAAUCAAGGUAGCACUCCCCCGGGAAACAACGACUGGAAAAUGUUUCCUUCAACAUUACAUAGAGUCUAUUCUGGCUUUACAAGAGGCCAGCUGCAAAUUGUCUGAGGAUGGGUUUCAUACAAAGAUUCCGUUUGUUAUUAUGACUUCUGACGAUACAAAUGAGCUAACCAUCAAGCUUCUGGAAUCAAACUCCUAUUUUGGAAUGGAACCAUCACAAGUGAAAAUACUAAAGCAGGAAAAAGUAGCAUGUCUGGCAGACAAUGAUGCAAGACUUGCAUUAGACCCAAACGACAAGUACAAAAUUCAGACAAAACCACAUGGUCAUGGAGAUGUUCAUGCUCUUCUUUAUUCAAGUGGUUUGCUUGAGCAAUGGAAGAGUGCAGGGAGGAAGUGGGUUCUCUUUUUCCAGGAUACAAAUGGAUUACUCUUCAAUGCCAUUCCAUCAGCAUUAGGUGUCAGUGCCACCAAGGGUUACAACGUAAAUUCUCUCGCAGUUCCUAGGAAGGCAAAGGAAGCAAUUGGUGGAAUUACCAAACUUACUCAUGUUGAUGGUAGAACAAUGGUCAUCAAUGUAGAGUACAAUCAGCUUGAUCCACUCCUUCGUGCAACUGGACAUCCUGAUGGAGAUGUAAAUUGCGAGACAGGCUUUUCUCCAUAUCCUGGAAAUAUAAACCAGUUGAUACUGGAGCUUGGACCAUACAUUGAGGAGCUCAAGAAAACACACGGUGCCAUUUCUGAAUUUAUAAAUCCCAAGUAUAUCGAUUCUACCAAGACGGCAUUUAAAUCCUCCACUCGUCUUGAGUGCAUGAUGCAAGACUAUCCAAAGACACUACCUCCCUCAGUGAAAGUUGGGUUUACGAUGAUUGAUACAUGGCUUGCUUAUGCUCCCGUGAAGAAUAAUCCUGAAGAUGCAGCUAAAGUUCCAAAAGGCAAUCCUUAUCACAGUGCAACCUCGGGAGAGAUGGCAAUUUACAGGGCAAACAGCCUUAUUUUGAGAAAGGCUGGUGCACAAAUAGAUGAUCCUGUAGUUGAUACCUUCAACGGGCAAGAGGUAGAGGUUUGGCCACGCAUAACCUGGAGUCCACGGUGGGGUCUCACAUUCAAUGAUGUCAAGGAGAAAGUGCAUGGCAACUCUUCAGUUUCUCAUAGGUCUGCUUUGGUCAUCAAUGGGCGGAACAUCUUCCUUGAAGGCCUUUCGUUGGACGGCACUCUUAUCGUCAUUGCUGCCGAUGAAGCAGAGGUUAAAGUUACAGGUCAUGUACAAAAUAAAGGCUGGACUAUCCAGCAUGUCGACUACAAGGACACCUCGGAGAAGGAAGAGAUCAGAAUCCGUGGAUUUAAGUUCGAGAAGGUUGAACAGCUAGAGGUGAACUACACUGAGCCAGGAAAGCAUUGCAUGAGUGCGUGAACAGGCAUGCUUGAUUGCCCUGAAUAAGCUUCCUACCAGUUGGAAAUAGUACGUCUGGAUUGCCUCCCAGAUUUUGGGAGGCAAACUCUGCCUUUUGCCUUCUCAAGUAAUAAGGAGCGAAGUGCUUCGCCAAUCACCAUUCUUCAUGUAUAUCUGUACUUGUAUAGUAACAUCGUUCAUAGUCAACCUUUAUUAGUGUACCUAAAGUUGAUUAUUUAUACAGGAUAUAAGAUUGAUGUAAUAAGUUUUAUUCAAAACCUCACACUGAAUCAAGUAAGUGCGGCUUAUAUAAUUCGUGUUACUGAAUAAUUUUUGCCAAAUGCCAUGGCAGGGAUUAGUGAUU